AUGAACGCCACCGAGGAAAAAUGGUCAAACGUGCAGCAGCAGCAACCGUCACAACAACCGCCGCCGCCGCCGCAAUCACAACAAUCUCCCUCUCCAUCCCCUCACAAUCUUCCACACCCUACUGCAUUGAACAACAACGGUCAAAUGAACGGAGCAGCUGGAGGAAACGUCUCUCCUGAAAAUUUUUUGCCCACAACCUAUGAAUAUGAAACCCAAUCACAAAUGCCAGUACAUGAAAAUGAUAACCAAUUGUAUACACCAACUAAACCAGACAUUGAUACUCCCGCGAGACCUUUUCAGUACCAAGGUAGUUAUGUCUCAAUGUCAUCUCCGAAUACGCCAACGCCAGAAACCCCUCGUCAACCUGGAUCACCUACUGCACCAAUUACACCUCAAUCUGCCCCCGAACAAAGAAAAGUCGUUGAUAGGCCUAAUUAUGCUACAGGAUCAUUUCCCGCUACCCCAAUAGGUGUCAGAAGACGAAGAGCUGAUUCGAUGGGAUUUCCUGUUGAUGCUGGUCCAUUCUUCUCGCCAACCAAGCAACAUUUCAAAAUUUGGAGUAUGGACAGAACAUUUAGUUAUAAGCUUCGUAUCAAUUCCAAGGUUGACCGUGGAUUCUUUUUGGCCGAAAGUGAUUGGACGUGCUAUCGUAGAAAUUAUUUUCAAAUCAGCAGUGCGUUCUCAAUCGAAGGAAACAACAAUCACCAAUCAUCCGACGGUUCAGAAGUCCCGUGUCUACUUGAAAUAGAAGGACAAGUACACACGAUCAUCGGAUUUCACCUUGGUAUAACGGCAAAAGUAUCCAACAGUGACAAGAAAAUUGAGUUAGUUCAACACACCCCAAAGCGUGAUAAAGGCCCACAAAUGGUUCCACAGCCGAAAGCGAUUCGUCCCGGUGGGAAUCUGAAUUUGAGUUCGGUUGGAACCAAUUCAAAUAUUGUCACCUUUGAGCGAAUCCAAUUCAAGACAGCAACCGCGAAUAACGGGAAACGUCGCGCAGCUCAGCAAUAUUAUGUGGUGUUGGUAGAUUUGUUUGCGCAAGUCGAGAACGGAGAGUUGCAUUGUGUGGCGACGUCUCAAUCAGCUCCUUUGGUAGUUCGUGGUCGUAGUCCUGGUCAUUAUGCCGAUAAUCAUGAUCGCUAUAAUCCACUCGCUAUUAACACAGGUUAUGCAAAUGAUCGUCACAUGGGUUUCCAUAAUUCUCAUGCACCAAAUGGAAAUGCUGGUCCAAUGCAACCAGACUACAAUGCACCUCCAUACUCACCAUAUGCACAGUAUCCACCCACUUUCGCCGGUUACACCGGAUCACCAUCACCACUGCGUAAUGACCCAAUUUCACUCAUGAUGUCACCACCAUCAAAUACUCCCACGCAUCCCUUCCAUCCGCCACAACCUUCACAUCCAACUUACAUGGUCCCAAGUAUUUCUGAUGGUUCCACUGCACAAGAUAGUAAUCAUCAUGAAAUGUAUCAUCACCCUAAUUUGGAUCCUAAUAUUACCGCGCAUGAUCAAAAGAUUCAACAUCAUCAUCCUCAUUUGGAGAUGCAUGCCAUUGAUGGUACAGGUGCAUCCGCACAUUCAGCAUUCUCAUCGUUUGAACCAAGACAUAAUGUUCAUACGAAUGGCAAUGCAACUAAACUCAUGAAAAUUGAAAUACCACCUUCAACAAGUGAAAUCCCGCCGUCUCAUCCUCUAACCUCACCUGGAUUCCAUUCACACGAUUAUGUCGAAGGAUUCCAAAUGUAUCAUCAACAACAUCAAAAUGGUCAUCCUGCUAAUAGUGCUGCUGUACACCACGGUGGUUAUCAUUCCGAUGGAGAUCAUCAUCACAAUCAUGCUAAUAAUGGAUAUCAACAAACACAGCAAGAGCAAGAACACCAUCAACAGCAUCAAACAUCAUCUUCACCACCGUCGUCAUCAUCACCACCUCCAUCGCAUCAAUUGAAUGGGCAUAAUGGACAUACAAACGGCACAAAUGGUCAUUCAUCGUCACCAACUAGACGCGAAGAAGAGGAAGUAACACGAAGAGCAAGUCCCGUUCUUAACAAUGACACCAAAGCAGCGGUACCUUCCCCAGUUACACCAACAGUUGCGACUCCAUCUUCAGCUACGUCCCCAGCAACAACUCCUAAAACACCACGAAGAAAUUCCCGAAAAGAAAGUGCUACAAAGCCACUAACCAUGAGAAGACCAAGUACGUCAAAAUCAUCUGCUGCGAGUACAGAAGCAGCAAACACCAAUAAGACGAACAAGUCGGAAGAAGCUGAUAUUAAAGUGUCAAAGAGAAAACGUGAGGAUAAUGAAGUGUGA